CGUAGAUAUAGGGGCAGCAGGAAAUCUCAGCCACUGACGCCAUACAACUGGGGAAAAUGAGCAAAAUAUUGCUCGAGGUCAUCGGACUGGAUUCAUCACGGGGCGGUAUCGAUCGAGGCCUUCGCUUAUGCCGUCUUGGACCGCUUUGGACCGCUGGGCCGUCUAGAAUCCCCGAGCAGGGCGUUGUUCACGGUCACGGCACCUCCAGCCCUGAACAUGGUCCGAAUCGAAACAAGGGGAUUCGUCCUUAGACAUCGAUAGGUCAUGUUCGCACCACGGUGAGAACAACAGGCUGUGCGCUACAGUGCGACGACUUCCGGAAAGCGUCGAAAAGGCGGGCAAGGUUCAGAGGGACCGCCCCGGAUGGCCUUCAGUGAAUGGAGAAGCUCUUCGCAACAAGAAGCUCUACCUCGCAGAUACGCAGCGCACUUCGUCGAGAACUGUUCUUGCAGUGGAAAGCGUCCGAGUGUUGCAAACGGCCUUAACCAGGGGCGCAGUCGUCGACAGGUCGUUAAAAGAACGCAGGAUGAGCCGGGCCGUGCACAGGCAGGGCGAGGUGAGACACAAAAAUUGCAUGGUUUAUUGGCAGCUGCUGGCGAAGCCGAUACACUUUGCAGGGUCGACCGCGACAGUCCUGCAGGCGCACCGUCGACAAUAGAGACCUGGGGAGAUAAUACGAGGAUCCUUCGACCUGGCCCGCUUUCAAAACAGCUGUUUACGAUGUAUGCAGGGAUGGCUAGGCGGUGUUAGAGUCGAGCAAGUCGCCGCCAAUGAGGCUCGAGUUCAAAUUGAGAGCUCGGGCUAGCUCGGAGCAGACAGCAUACAGGCGCUUGUGAGAGAGGUUGCGUCUGUUCUCUCACCAUGCAAUAGUCUUCCAAUGUGCAUGUGCGGUUAUCGUUUGAAUGUCGACUAGUAAGCAUCAGACCCGGAAAAUCCAGAAUCUACUGUCCAUGACAUAAACAGGGAGACCCAGGGAGACCCAUGUCAGCAAAUCGGUGGGAGAGCAGCAACGGGAGAUAUCGGAUUGAAAGGAGGCUGGGUCUGGUCACUCCAGGUUUCGGACGCGGAAUGGUGCAUAACCUCAUCGUGUCGAUGACCAAUAUUCUCAGCUUCGGCCGAUGAGCGCAACGAAGGCCAAGCUAGCAAUUCAAAAGUGAGAAGAGGCUCGGACGCGGACGAACGGGCUGUACAGCGGAUCAGAUAAUCGUCAGCUCUGACAAAGUCUGAAGCUCUCGGCGCAAUGCAAUUAAGUUUGCGCAUACGCAUGUUAAAGUAAGACCGGCACCAGACGCACCUAGACACAAUGUCCGAAGGUCGAGUGACGCGGUACAAAAGCAUGGGACGGGUGGAGGAAACGACCCAGGACAUCGUGAUCCUUCGUAUUCAACCUUCUACCGAUAUAUCUCAGCUCUCCCUCGACCACCAUGAGUGCCUCGCAAACAGAUAUACCAGGUGCUAACCUGCCGAAUCCAGGCCUUACUGAAGCUCAGAAGAAGCUUGUCAAGAGCACUGCCCCCAUACUCGAACAGCACGGUGAAGCGAUCACCAAGCUUUUCUAUAAACAGAUGCUUGAACGCAAUCCCGAGUUGAGGAAUAACUUCAACCAUAGCAAGCAGCAGAGGGGUGAUCAGGCUGAAGCUCUUGCGCGUGCUGUCUAUGCCUACGCUGCGUAUAUCGAUGAUCUUACGCCGAUCCUGCCUGUCGUCGAGCGGAUUUGCAACAAACAUGCAUCCCUACACAUCUUGCCCGAGCAAUACCCCAUCGUCGGCGAAAACCUUUUGAACGCGAUCACGCAGGUACUCGGCGCCGACGUCUUCAAGGGCGAACUAUACGACGCGUGGUACGCCGCGUACUGGCAGCUCGCGCAUAUUCUCUUGGGCCGCGAGGGUGAGCUCUACCGUUCUUCUGCCUGGGAAGGUUUCAAGGAGUUCGUCGUCAAGAAGCGAAUUCCGGAGGCAGACGACGUCACCUCAUUCUACUUCGCACCCAAGGAUGGCAAACCUUUGCCCACGCACCGCCCGGGCCAGUACAUCUGCGUCCAGAAGUUCAUCAAAGAGCUGGGCUUUAACCAGUCCAGACAAUACUCCCUCUCCGACGCUCCGCACAGCGAACACUUUAGAAUCUCCGUCAAACGCGACCGUGGCGUACGCGCUACGGAUCCUGCGACAGGCGCCGUUAAUCCCGCCCAGGCGGACCAGCUCGGCUGGAUGUCCAACUUCCUGCACGACAAGGUCCAGGAGGGCGACAGCAUCGAAAUCAGCCCGCCCUUCGGUGACUUCUUCCUCGACGAUACGAACUCGGCCGCGGUGCUCAUCUCCGCGGGCGUCGGCGUGACGCCGCUUGCGUCGAUGUUGCACACGAUCCUCGAGACGCCGGAUCCGCGCCCUGUGAGCUGGGUGCAGGUCGUGCGCUCGCGCGCAGCGCAUCCGCUCCACGACGAGGUGCGCCGCCUGCUCGGCCUUCGUCCCGACCGCGUCCGCCGCGCCGUCUUCUACUCGGCCCCCGCUGGCAGCGACCUCCAGGGCCAGGACUACGACUUUGCGGGUCGCCUCGAGCUCGCACGCGUUCCGACCGACACGCUUCGCCUUGACGACCCCGCGGCGCACUACUACGUGUGCGGGCCCGAGCCGUUCAUGGCGGACGUGAUUCGCUCCCUGAAGGCCCGCGGCGUUAACACGGACAAGAUCCAUGCUGAGGUCUUCGGUCAGGGUGCGGUACCCCUCUAGGUAGGCAGAGGGCCAGUGCACUUGGGCGUCGCAGUAGAAAGCGACGAAUUUGGAUUAUUUCGUUGUCGUAAGGUGUAUAAUACGAAUGAAUUCACACAGCAAUCCCGUCCCUGUCUCUAGCUCUUCGUCGACUACCAAUU